GCUUUUCCUCCUCCGUACAGUUGGCGCAGUCGCUCCGGGGUUAAAUGGUGAGUGUCAGAGCUCCAGCAGCGCGUCUUUCAUUUUCAUAGAGGAAAUCACGCUGAAUUCUCUCUCACUCUCUCCAGACUGGACAGAGCUUCACAAUCUCGGGCUUUUUUUUUGAAAAACAAAAGAGAAGUGCGUUGCGGCUGAACUUUGCUGAUUGAUUCGCCGUGUGUACGUUCGGCGAGGUGACCGGAACACGGGCGGCACCGUCUCAACUUUUCUCACCGCGACUCUCCGCCUGCCUGCGCGCACAGCUCGCUUUAUUACACGCAGUAGCCUGGUUCAUUAGGAAGCUCCACCAUGUUUAGCUGGUCCAGUAGGAACGGAAAGAAAGAGCCGGAGCUUUUUCAAAAUGUCUCCGAGGGGCUGAAGCGUCUGUACCGUCAUAAGCUCUUCCCUCUGGAGGACACCUACCGCUUCCACGACUUCCACUCCCCGGCGCUGGAGGAUGCCGACUUCGAUAACAAGCCCAUGGUGCUUCUGGUCGGUCAGUAUUCCACCGGAAAAACGACCUUCAUCCGGCACCUGAUGGAACAGGAUUUCCCCGGGAUGCGGAUCGGACCUGAGCCCACCACGGAUUCCUUCAUAGCGGUGAUGUACGGGGAGCAGGAGGGGGUCAUUCCGGGAAACGCUCUGGUGGUGGACCCGAAAAAACCCUUCCGUAAACUUAACGCGUUCGGAAACGCGUUUCUCAACAGGUUUAUGUGUGCUCAGAUGAAGAACCCUGUUCUAGAGAGUAUCAGUAUCAUCGAUACCCCAGGCAUCCUGUCAGGGGAGAAACAGAGGAUAAGCCGAGGCUAUGACUUUGCGGCUGUACUUGAGUGGUUCGCGGAGCGUGUGGACCGCAUCAUCCUGCUCUUCGAUGCCCACAAGCUGGACAUCUCUGAUGAGUUCUCUGAAGUGAUAAAAGCCUUGAAAAACCACGAAGACAAAAUGCGUGUGGUGUUGAACAAAGCAGACCAGAUCAGCACGCAGCAGCUGAUGAGGGUGUACGGUGCCCUCAUGUGGUCACUAGGAAAGAUCAUUAACACCCCGGAGGUGGUGCGGGUCUACAUCGGCUCGUUCUGGGCUCAGCCUCUCCAUGUGCCAGAUAACAGGAAGCUGUUUGAGGCUGAGGAGCAAGACCUUUUCCGAGACAUCCAGAGUCUUCCACGGAAUGCUGCCUUGAGAAAGCUGAACGAUCUGAUUAAGAGGGCACGUCUUGCCAAGGUUCAUGCUUACAUCAUCACCUCUCUGAAGAAGGAAAUGCCCAGUGUGUUUGGCAAAGACAACAAGAAGAAAGAACUGAUUUCCAACCUUGGUGCCAUCUAUGAAAAAAUAGAGAAGGAACACAACAUUUCUCCAGGCGAUUUCCCAAACCUCAAGAAGAUGCAGGAACUCCUGCUUUCCCAAGACUUUGCCAAGUUCCCUGCCCUGAAGCCCAAACUGCUAGAAGCUGUGGAGGACAUGCUGGCCAAUGACAUUGCCAAGCUCAUGGCACUUGUGCGCCAGGAAGAGGCAGCCAUGCCUUCUCAGGCAGUGAAGGGCGGCGCCUUCGAUGGCACCAUGAACGGGCCGUUCGGCCACGGUUAUGGCGAGGGUGCGGGCGAGGGCAUCGAUGAGCUUGAGUGGGUUGUAGCCCGUGACAAGCCGUCCUAUGACGAAAUCUUCUACACUCUUUCACCUAUUAAUGGCAAGGUGUCCGGCGCUGCCGCCAAGAAGGAGAUGCUGAAAUCCAAGCUGCCAAAUACAGUACUUGGCAAGAUCUGGAGCCUGGCUGAUGUGGACAAAGAUGGAUUCCUGGACGACGAGGAGUUUGCGCUGGCCAAUCAUCUGAUCAAAGUGAAGCUGGAGGGCUACGAGCUUCCUGGCAAGCUGCCUGCUCACCUGGUGCCCCCAUCCAAACGUGGGCAAGAGCAAGAUUGACAUUCUGGAGUGCCCCAUUAGCUCUUCAGGCUUUGACUUCCCCAGCCAUUCCAGGAUUUCUUCCAAAUAGUACCGUAGAAGCUUUCAUCAUUUCACCUCACACCAUUUUAUUAAAAUAACCAGUUUGAGAAACUCAUCCAGAUGCUGUACAUAUGGCUUUUCCUCACAAAAUUCUUGUAGUCUAAAAUAGGUGGCAGUGUUCUAUUUUCAUUUCUACUUUUUAGUUCAAGUAAUUUGUUUUUUGACCAUUUAUUUCCUCAGAGCUGUGUUUUUUAUUUUUUGGUGGUAUUUUAUUGAUGAAAAUUCAAUCUGGCCUACUUAAACCAUUAACAUGGGACACUCCACUGGGCUAUUCUAUGGAUUGUAUGGACCCGGAAUGGCUUUGGAUCCAAAGAUGAAGCUGAUUUCAGAACAAGAACAACCUGUAAAAGACUUGAGGGGGUUUGAAUGUGUAUGAAAACACAACGCCACUUUCAGCAGAGGCUUGUUAGAAAAGAAUGGAAAUGCACUUUGCUGGUACUAAGGCAAUAGAUGACAGUUUUGGAGGAGCAUGGACCAGGAGAAAUCAAGGGUGACUAGCGGGGGGGAAAUUAAUGUGAAAUAUAUAUAUAUUAUAUACACACAAAUAAUAAAAUAUAUCCCUAUUCUUUGUUUGCAGACGUAACUUAUUCUUCUUUAAAUCUGUAUUUUUAUAUGUUGAAAUUUGACACUAUAAUGCUUUCUCUUGAUUGAUGUUCCUGCAUAUACAGUCAUGCAGUUUGUCUUUUUUUUUUUUUAAAACAGGUGGUGGGAUUUCAUAUCGUUUCAACUUCAUCUCCUCCUAUAGCUGUCUCUGUUAAAAAAGAAUAAAUGAUUAUGAGAAAUGUUAACCAA